AUGUCUGCCGUACCAGCCCUCAUGUCUCCUGACCCUUUGAACUUCCCACUGACGCCAUCUCAGGGCGACGGCGGCGGCGGCGUCUCUGUGGGCUGUUGGAGUCGUUUCUGGAAUGGUGCCGAUGGUGACGCCGCCGAUGACGGCAGCAACAGCUUUCGAUGGCCAGCGUCAACGGUAUCAUCCUUCGCCUCCAAAGGAGUGCGGCGUACGGCAGGUUUGGCUGACACCUUUCCAGGUCAACAUCCGGAAGACACGGAAUCGGAUUCCGACGACGAUGAACGACCGGCGCUGGUGGCGGCUUUCCGUUGGCUGCACUCGAUCCUCGAAGUUUGGCGCUCCCGUAUGCGGGUACGGCUCAUGCCGGAUGGGAGCUCUCCGACAAUUAUGGUGGAAGGUCAAGCCUACUCGCUGAGGACCCACCUCAGGACAUACAAACCCAGGCGCUCAGCCCUACGGACGUCCGGCGUACCCCACUCGAUGUCCAGCCCGGGGUGCCUAGAGUACGACACCUCGACGUACUUGCCCGCCAGCCCCCACUCCUUGAAGACACUUGCCGCGCCACCCCGCCCCGUGGGGACGUCAAAGAAGAAACUACGAUUUGCGAUUGGCGUACAGGAAUCGGGAGGCGAUGGUGACGGCAGCGGCGGAUGCAGCGCAGGCGGAGGCAACCUCGAAAGAGAUGCCGGCGCCGUCGGCUCGAUUCCGGACGACGGUGUUUCGGAGCGGCAGACGGAAAUAGAUGAUGGUGGUGACGGCAGCUGCGCUGGGGCCGGCAGAGGCCGGAGAGAAGUCAAUCAGGUGCCGUACAGUGACGGCCGUACAGGUGAUCUGAACGGACGGGCCGCCCUGGCCGACGCCGUAGCCGACGGCCGUGCAGCCACCGAAGGGGAAGAAUCGUAUCCACUAGAACUGCCGGUGCAGGCGUCGCCUCAGUCAGCUUGUCACCUCAACGCAGGCACGGUAGCGAGAACGACAACUUCAACAACAGCGGCGUCAGCAUCGAUGUCGGCAGAGAGGGCGUCCAUGCUGGCAUGCGCGUCCGAUAAAAUCCCGGCGAUUGCAGCUGGCGGAUCGGAGCUCUGCAGCAACGGCGUCAGCAGCGGCAGUGGCGACGGCGGCGUCGGAUCCAGGAUCCAGUCUGCAGGCGUCGUUACUGAUGCUAACGCCGUCGUCAGCAGCGGUGUCAGCGUCAGCUACACUAAAUCGCCGCCUACGUCACGACCUGGAAGCAGCGGCCAGAGCCCCGCUGGGUCACAGGGUUUACGGCAGGCGUCCAAAAAGCUGCUGUUACAGCUAGGGGUCCAGGGCACGAUCCGGAUCCAUCCCGAAAGCGACACCCCAACAUCCCUGCAGGCCAGCGCAGCCCUCGUGGCCUUUGCGGAACGACAAGUACAGGCACCGGAUGCGGAUGCAGUCGUGCCGUUGCUGCAGGCAUCGGCGUGGUCGCCGCCACCUUCGCCGGCAAAUGCACCAGAACAACCUCAGGUCAGCGCUGACGGUGGCAGCAGUUACACCGACGCUGCCACCGCAGCGGGUGUCGCUGUGCGACCGCCAAAUCUGCUGGCGCGGCUGCUGAUGGGAACCCGUGACCCGGGGGUCUCAACUUCCUCUACCUCGGCAACGGCAGCGGCAACAGCGGCGGCGGCAGGCUUUCAUGUGAACUCGCGAUCUUGUACUACAUCCGGCACCGCCUCCGUCGCUAGCGGCUCGAGUGCCUUCACGGUAAGGUGUGGGGUCCCCGUUGCCGUCACAGGUACUACUGCCACCCCGUGCCCGCCGCCAGCUGCAGCGGCGCCGUCGCUGCCACCAGGUCGGUACCCAUCGGCUCAAGUGUUACGGAACACCGCAUUCGAGCCCGGUCGGCCACUGGGCAUCUCAGGCCCACUUGCGGCCACCAAAGGCAGCGGGGGUGGUGGCGGCUGCGACGGCGGCGAUGACGGCUUUGCCCAGCGAGUAUCGCGGUCAAUGUCGUACACGUCGCCUGGCAUGGCUACGGGCAGCAAGUCAUACAAUCAGCCACAACGUGCAACUCGCCAUGGUGACGGCGGUGGCGGCGGCGGUGGCGGUGGCCGACUUGGGGUUGCCGCCGCUGACGCUGUUGAGCUGUUGGCGGCCUUUGUGCCGUUAGGACAGCCACGUCGGCAGUUCCUGGAGGCUCAGAGGCCGCCCUCUGACGGACAUCGGGGGCGUCAGACGCCCCCGCCGCCGCCACCGAUGACGACGACGAUGAUGACGACACAGCAGCAGAAGCAGAAGCAAUGGCGGAGGAAGCUGCGGCUGAAACUACAGCCAGGGGAUGAUGAUCAGUUGGCGGCGGUAUCCUCGGCGACGGCUGCCGAGGAUGAUAAUGAUAAUGAUCAUGAUGAGGAGGAGGAGAAAGAGGAAGAGGAGGUCAAACCGGAAUGGCGGAAUGAGCGAGACGAGAAGCGCCAGGCGCAGGAUCAGCUGGGCCAUGCGCACGGGGACGCGGACGGGGAAAGGGAAGGGAAAUCGCUGGUGGUUGACUCAGAGCCCCAAUGGUGGAUCACUUCGGUUCGCCCUGUCGGCGACGACGUCGGAGAUGACGUAAGCGACGACGACGCCGAGGCGGCCGCAGCUGCCGGGGUUUCGUUCAACUGGCUAGAGGCCCUACGCAAAUCGCGGAACGUGACAGAUCGCUGUACGAAAAUGGCGGGACGGAAUGGCCGCCAGCCUGGCGGCGGCAAUGACGUCGACGGCGCCGGUGAGCUGCUGUGGCGACUUGGCCGCGGCAACAAUCCAACAGUCCAACAGAGCGUUCCUGCACCGCCGCGCCUCCCGCUGGCGCCCGCGCAGCGGACACGCGGCGGCGUGCGGCGCGGGAACUCGCACUGCGCAGUUGAGAUGUCGUUGGCCGUACAGAGAGCCGUACAGGCUGCGCAAGACAGCACGGCUACCACAAACCGGCAGCAACAGCUGCUGAAGCUUGCGUCGGAUCGUAGCGAUGAAAUGGCCAGAGCGGCGGAGCGAUCUCGACUGAUUCGGGCUGCGCCGUUCACCGCUGCAAUGAAUUUGCUGAACAGAGCCGCAUUCGCACCUGAGCCCGCAAUGACGACAGCGGCGCCGCCGGCGGCAGCGGCGGUCACUCGCGUCAGUCCAUCAGCCAACAGCCACAUCGCACCGAACUACUGGCGACCGCAGCAGCAUAAGCAGCAGCAGCAGCCCUCUACUGAAUCCUGUGAAACGGGAGGCCCUCUUCAAGGCAGCCUUGCCAGCGCCACCGUCACCUCCGCCUCCGUCACGGCUGCCACCGCCUCCGCCAGCAGCCCCAAUGCAGCGGAAAGAACGCCAUUCCCCAGCGGCAGCGGCAGCGGCAGUAGCAGCGCUCUGCCGCGGAGCCCCGCGCGGAGCCCUCCUCUCUGGGAAUCUGUUUACGGGCUCUCGUCCUCCGCUGACCUGGCUGUAGCAGCUGCGGGCGCCGCUGACAGGGCCGCUACUGCCGCACAAACUGCCAGUGCCGCUGCCCCGGCGGCUGCGGCGGCUGCGGUUGCAUUUCCUGUCCAGUCGAAGCGGUCGACAGGAGGCGACGGUGCCGCUUUCGGUGGUGGUGGCUUAACCGCCAGCUCGGGGUUGCCGCCAACCAGUGCCGCCCUCCUUGCAGAAUGGGAAGAAUCGGAAGGGGCCCCAUUCGGCGUGACAGCCAGCGGCGGCGGAGCCGCCACCGCUGUACGGCCCACUGACCUAUUGCCGUCGCCGUCACUCUCCCGGAGUACGCUUUCCGGCAGCAACAGUGACCUUCACGUGCGAAGCCGCAGUCAGAUCCGCAGCGGCGUGGCAUCUUGGGGCCCCGCACAGCGGACGCCUGGGCCGGAGCUCCUUGCACUGUCGCCGCUCAACACGCCAUCCGCUAACGGCCCGUGGGUCGAAGAGCGCUGCGCGCUUGCUAGCAGUGGCAUACCCUUUGCCGACAUGACCGCCAACCUGGCUCAGACCCUCGCGGCGCGGCUAAACAUGACCAGCAGUGGCGUGACAUCUGGCCCAUCUGGCAGAGCAGGUGUGAGCUGCCACCCCUCGCUGCCCAUAUCGAUUGAGAUUUACCCGGCCGCUAUCCUCCACUGCUGCCCGCUGUCAGAGAUCAUGCCCCCACCCGCGCAUGGUACGGACCCACGGGUACGCAAUGUAAGCGCACGAUGGGACACAUCAUCAGUACGGCAUAUUACCAUGUACGGUCGUGCCAUGGGGAGGAGCUCUCGCGUCCUGUGUCUCUCAGCGUAUUAG